GCCGAUGACAUUUAAGCCUGGAGGGCUAUAGCCUGAGCCCCCCAAGCGCGAGAUCCCCAUUGCCGUUUAGGACAAGACUCUGCCCCUCCCCCUUCCUGGAGCGUGACCCCCUCCUCGCCGGAGGCUUGUGGGUCCGUUGGGGAAGAACCAUGGAGGAAAAGCCCUCUAAAGAGCUCUUCCAGAGGCCGCUCGUGGCUUCUUCUGGAAGUGCUGGCCGUCUGGCCGAUUCCCAAGCCCUGCACCUCGCCAGCCCCGAGACUCAUCCUAGGUCUGACUGGGGCCCAGCGCUUGCCGCACCUCCCACCAGCCUCCACUCUCUACUGAGCCUGGGCCCUGGCCUGACUCCACAUCAGUGUCCGCAGCCGGCUGGCUCCUCCCUGCCACCCUCGGCUCCUCUCGUGUGUGACCCACAGGCAUCGGGCGAGUCCUUGGUCCACCAUGGCUCCGAGGAGUCGCACCAGCAGAGCGACAUCCGGAAGCUGUGGACCACGGCCACGCUGUCCCAGAUGAAUCUGAACUUGCCGCUGUCCAAGGUUGAAGAGUGGUCGGACACGGAUGGUAGCAGCUUUUGCCACCAGAAGAGCGGUGUCGACUUGGAUGCCGCCGACUGGGAGUGGGACGACAGAGAGCGCGAUUCACUGCCUGGUGACAACAACUUCAAGCAAGAGUUGGACGAACACACCUUGUCGAAGCUGGAGCUGCACCGUGGCCGCUCCCUGGGGAGCAAUUUAGAAGAGCGAGAGUCCAGGACCGAGGCCGAAAAGUCUUCCUCAAUGUCAUCACUCAGUAUCUUGAAGCAAACACCUCAUCGAGCCUACUGGGCAGAGCAGCAGAACAGGCUGCCGCUGCCCCUGACGGAACUCAUGGAGAACGAAGCUGUGGAAAUCCUCACCAAGGCUCUCCAGAGCUACCGGUCGGGGAUCGGCAAGGACCACUUCCUGACCAAGCAGCUCCAGCGAAGCAUCGAGGGGCUCAAGAAGCGCCGCAACAAGAGGCUGCAUGUCUCACUGCGCUGAGAGCACCACCGCGGGCUCGAGCGGCCGCCCGUCUCCAGCCCCAGUCCCUGUCCGGCUCCCAGACCCAAGCCCACCCCCAUCCGCGUGGAAUCUGAAGCCGAGAGAAAUAAAAGAGUCUGUGCAUUGUCCGUGAGUCAGUGCGUGGCUGCCCGCGUGAGGCGGACGCAUGGGGCCCCGCCCUUCCCCGUGACCUUCACUCGGUCACCGCAGUGACCUUGAGCCUUCUCGGUCCGGGCCCUAGCGGCCUCGCCUUCCAGAGACUCGAAAUUCAGGGCUUCUUGCAUGUUUUAGCUCUGCUUCUCCCACCCCAGUUCCGUAGCCUUGUAGGGUAUUGGGUCUGGGGCCCAGUGCCCCGAAGGUAUUACCUUGGGGGGAAGGGGGAAAAGGAAAGGGGCGGAACCUCCCCUCCUGCUCAAGCUUGCGAGGCUCGGCUCCUCAUGCAUAUGCAGAUACGCAGUCUCUCCGCUCGUUCCGCCCUCUCAUUUACAUAUGUAUAUAGUCUACCUUCACCAGUGCUGCAGCCACUAAGCGACCUCGCCCACUACUCUCUAGCAUAGCGUGCCCCGCCUCCUCCGUUACCUAACAGCGCCCCUGGCCCCACCCCUCUCGGCUCUUAUUCCCUGCGCAGCUCUGCGUCUCCUCUGGCCCCGCCCCCUCGGCUGUCUCCUACGCAUGUGCGCCGCUGUGGCUCGGAGGCGGCUGGGCGGGACCUUCUUAAAGGCCCGCCCACUGGCUUUGCCCGCUCCGCCCCGACUC